UGGGCUGUGACGUCCUUGGCGUGGCUGCAGGGGAGGCCACGGCGGGGAAAAUGGCGGACGGGAAGGCGGGAGAGGAGAAGCCGGAGAAGCCACAGCGAGCUGGAGCCGCCGGAGUUAAUUCACGGGCGCCUCUUCUACUGCCACGCAAUCUCAGUUCCUGCUGUAUACUCUAACAGGCAGUGGAAGAGACUGUUGGGUCAGUAGGUGACAACUGCAGAGGUAUCUUCUUAUAACGAUGCUUUUUGAGGUUGCUACUCCCAUCAAUCUGCUCAGUAAAAAUAGCUCAUCUUGUAAUGGAGGGGAAAGUUCCAGUCGCAGCGCUGAGAAGCGAUCUGCUGAAGAAGAAGCUGCAGACCUCCCCACAAAGCCUACAAAGAUCUCCAAGUUUGGAUUUGCCAUAGGUAGUCAGACGACAAAGAAAGCCUCAGCCAUAUCCAUCAAACUUGGAUCAAGUAAACCUAAAGAAACAGUUCCAACUCUUGCUCCAAAAACCCUCUCAGUAGCAGCAGCUUUUAAUGAAGAUGAAGAUAGUGAGCCAGAGGAAAUGCCUCCAGAAGCAAAGAUGAGGAUGAAGAAUAUUGGAAGGGACACACCAACAUCAGCUGGACCAAACUCCUUCAAUAAAGGAAAGCAUGGAUUUUCUGAUAACCAGAAGCUAUGGGAGAGAAAUAUAAAAUCUCAUCUUGGAAAUGUCCAUGACCAAGACAAUUAAAUGAUGAUGUGUUUUGAAAUUGGGGAUGGGGGUGGGUGUGGAGAUAAAAGGAACAGUUUCCUUUUUUAAAGAAUGGUAUAAGACUAUCUUUGGAGCCACUUUUUUUUUUUUUCUUUUAAGAUUGAGUGGUACACUAAUAAAUGAGAGUUUGGAAUUAGAGGUAACUUGUGUUUUAUAUAUAGAUUUCAAGACAUUUGCUAAUUUUGUAGUUUCAUGUGACUAAGUUCCCAAAGGUUACAGAUAGUAGGAAAAAAAAAAAUCAGAAAUGUUACCUUUUUAAGAAUUACAUAUUUUUUUAGACACAACUAUUAGCAAAUUGAGAGGGAAGCAACAAGUUAGUAUUUGUUCAAACUGCAGCCAAUUACUUAACUCCCUUAUUAGCUAAACUGUCUGGCUCCCAGGAACAGCCUUAUAGAGAAGGGAGUAUUGUAUUGGGAAGGUAAUGUUAAUGAUUAUUGAUUGAAAGUAAACUAGAUAAAAUUAAAUAAAGUUUUCGCUUCCCCUCCACCCCCUAAUGGGCUCUUCUUUUGUUUCAAGCCAUCAUAAACUAGGUAUUGUAUUGCUAUCAUUGGAUAUAAAUGCUUGGCUCUUUAAAACAAAUUUUUAAUUUCAUGUAAACUGUUGAUUAUUUGAAAUAGUCCAUUUCUCUUUAAUGGGUCUUGUCUACUUUCAUUAGUUUUCACAGAAAAACCCUUUGCUACCAAAGUAAAUCAGUAUUUUGAAUGUGCUUUUAUUGGUUUCUUACUAGUCAGACAGACCCUGUCAGUGUUUCCACCAGAAUUUGAAGCAAAUUAUAAGGAAGCUGUUUCUUUUAAAAAUGCAUUUCACCACCAAAAAUAUAAAUGUAUAUAAAAUUUAAAUAUUUGGCUGCCUUUGUUUUUUAAAAGGUGUAAGUAAGUACCAAGGAAGGGGGGGGGCAGCAUUAUAUGAAGAUGGAAAAUAAGGAAAUGCAAUUCCUAUAACUGUCAAUAUAUUUCAGUCACUAAAUUGUGAAAUGCUAUUGAUUUGAUCUAAUAACUAUAGGAGUUUACUUAGUACAGUAAUAUGGUUUAAGUAUAUACGUAUUGACCAAUGAAUGGCCUCUCAAAAGCACAUCUUAGGUACUGAAAAGAAAAUGCAUCUUCAAACAUACUUUAUGAAAUCUUUAAUCACAUAUUUUGUCAGAUCUGUCUAUUACAGAGUUUGGACCUUUUUCUUUAAGUAUUUUGUAUUAUAUAUAAGGUCUUUUUUUUUUUUAAGUGAUAAACACCUCUUUAGAAGCAUAGCCACAGGUAAAGGAAAAUACAUUAUAAUGGUUUUCUUGAAAAACUACAAUGUUAACAUUUGGGGGCAGCUUCCAUUAUUGUAUUUGGUGGUAAUUCACUGAGCUUUUUUAAUAGGUAAUAACUGUAGAGAAGCAGCCUGUAUAUAUUUCUAACACUUCACUUGCAUAAGUCCCAAGUAAAACAAUGGAAAUGUAUAUAGAACUAUAAGUUCUUACUAACAUGAUUUAAUUUUAUCAGGAUUCAUGAAUUUAAUUUGCUUUAAUGUAGGCAACCUUUCCAUUGUUGUCCAUUUUACUGUUUAUGCUAAUAUAACAUACCUUUCCUUACUAUUAUUUUCUUGACUCAGAUGAACUGUUAGCAUAAGGUCAAGAUGGGAGAGAGAAAUGACUGCGAUGAAUGCCUUUACUAAAUACCAAUAAAUUUGUCAAACUCAA